AUGGGAACACUAUACGCUUCCGAAACUGUUAUAGGCAUGUUGCCCCGGACCCUGAUUGAAUGGCUCAAAAUUGAUAUCGAGCCAGUAAACACAAGUAAAAAGAAUGAGGAGUUCAAAAACCUCUUUCCCCUUGAAAAGAGUCCAGCUUUUCUUGGCAGCCAUGGAUUUGAAUUGACCGAGGUCAUGGCAAUUCUGUACUACCUCGUUAGAUUGAAGGACGAUGCGGAACUUGAAAAAACCUUUUACGGAGUUACUCUGGAGGAACGUUCGCAGGUGAUUAGGAUAUUGUCAUUCACAAACCAAGAAAUAACCUCAAGCACUGUUGCAUUAGUGACCGCUACCGAGACCAAUGCAAAUCAAGAGGAAUACGAAGACAAACUGUCCAAAUGCCUCGCAUGCUUUGCCUUUUUGAAGCAGCUCCUAGCUCAGCAUGAAUUCCUGGUUAAAGACCAGGCCACAGUCGCGGAUUCAUACACUGCAACUAUAUGCGCGACUCUCUCCGGUUUUGCUCUCGGAAAAGAUAAGUUUGAUAGCUUCACUACGCUGAACAAAUGGCUCUCUGUAGUUUUGCAACACUCAGUGCUUAAGGGCAAUGCAGACACCGCAGCUUUCCUGGAGAAAACUAUCCCUCUCCCUUCAGCUAAGUAG